AUGAAUCUAUUCAUUUGGCUCUCGCUAUAUUCUCUGGCUAGCACGGCCUGCGAUAUCGGCCAUGCGCUCUGGUCUCCAGACUACGGAGACACCGUCGUCGAAGACCUUGGCCAAGGUCUUCCUGGUGUCGGAGUAAAGCAGUUCGGGGCCUUAAAUCCAAGUGUUAACCCCAAUAGAAUAAUGUUUGGUGAGACUUACACUGUGCCAUACGGCCCAGAAAUGACUAUCAUCACCCCAGCUAUCUGGUCCGGAAAUUGUCCCAAAACCCUACUACUGCAUGGAGAAGAGAAGGUUCAAGACGCUUCAACACCAUCCAAACCAUUGACACCGUUUAGCAUACCUAUAAGUGACCUUUAUAGAUCUCAUCCCACUGUUGGGACAACAUAUGAUGAAACAAUAGACAAAACACCAACCUCAACUGGCACAGGCACAAGCCUUAUGACCACUACUGUUUCAACGAGUAUAUCGGUUAAGAAAGAUUCUACUACCACAAAACCACAGGGAACCACCCUUUUCACCGAUAGCGAGCCUAUCAACAAGCCUAGUGAUGCAACUAGCAAAAGUGUUGAGCCAACGACCACGACAACUUCGCUAUCUCAAAACACUGUGAUUUCAACCCCGACAUCAGUUCCAAAUAGCAUUCCUGCUACAAAAUUGCACAAGUCUACUGUUUCAGUUGACAGAAAGCCAACCGGCCAGACUACUGGUAUCACCAGUCACAAUGUGAACACCGUAGCAAAGCCGACCAAAGGGACAAAGGAUGCUGAAAGUCUAACAGCAUCAGCAGAGACAAACUCUCCGACUAAUGGCUCACCUGAUGCAAUUAAUAGCAAGCCAGAUCGCUCGGCUACCGAGCAUCCCGGGUUACCACGGUUGUCACUACUGGAACCUCUAAGCCAACGACCACAAAAUCAGGGAAGACAGCGGCGCCUACCACGGGACCGUGCCCUUGUUGGACAGAUUGUGAACUUCAAGAAGAGGAUUCUACCCAUUCCAAAAAGAUAG